AUGCAAAGACGGGAUCUGAUCCUCGGCAGCGUCCUCGCUGUCACCAGCGCCAAUCUCUUGAGAACUGCUGAUGCCCAGGCUGCCAUCAGUGCAGCACCUGAUUUGCGAGAGAUCGAGGAGGCUGCGAGAGAGGCAUAUGCCAAGAGGGACUUCAGAACAACGCUUGAGCUUGUGGAUGAGUUGGUGGCAGCCCAACCAAGCGCGGCACGCUGGCAUGAGAUGAGAGCCGCUGUCCGAGUGGAUGGGAAGCAGUUCGAGAGCGCGCUGACCGACUUUAAUCAGGCGAUCAAUGCCACCCCAGGCUGCUGUGUGAGUGCAGCUGACAGCCUGGUGGAGCGAGCGAGGCUGCUGGCAGGGAGAGCGCUGGCCUAUGAGGGGUUAGCCCAGUGGGAGGCUGCACUGGGUGACUACAACACUGCCCUCGAUCUGGCGCGACAGGGAGGGCAAUAUCCGGAUCCUUAUGUCCUCAACAGCCGCGGAAACGUGCAAGCCUCCCUCGCCCGCUGGAAAGAGGCUCGCCAGGACUACCUGAAGAGCGCAGCCGGCUUCCAGAAGGCGGCAGGUUUCAGGGACAGCUCGGGGUCAUCUGCUCUCCGACUAGACGAUGCUGUGGUGGCAGCAUCAAACGCCGCCCUAGCGCUGGUACAAUUGGGGGAUGAGCCCGCCGCCAUAUUGGAGAUGCGCAAGGCUCUCAGACGGGCACCUGGCAGCGCCGACCUCAGAGCCGCCCUUGCUGCCCUCUACUGGUCCCAGGGUAAUGAGGCGGCAGCCGAGUCGGAGUGGAACUUUGCAUGCGAGAGGAUCUCAGUGGGCUGUAGCAAGUACCAGGACAAGGACUGGCUGUCACGCAUUCGCAGGUGGCCUUCGAGCAUGGUUGACCGCAUGACAUCCUUUCUGGCGCUGGCUUCUAGCAAGCGCGUGGCUUGA